CCGCUGUCGGUUCUGGGCAGCACUCCCAGAGAUCCGAUGUCGCGAUUUUUUUGCGAGACGCGGUCCCCAGAAGUAUCGACCCAUUCCCCGGGACGGGUUUCUCGUCCUGAGUCGUUUUUUGACGGUCCCGGGGCCCGGCGAGGGCCUCUAGAGGCCGAAGAUUGGGAGAAACCUCCGUCUUGAUUUUUUCAAUGCGUUGGAUCUGUGGGCUUGCUGUUGGGCAUCGUGCCCCUUUUCUCCCGUACCCUUGUCGGCCGACCAAGCCCAUGAGCUCCCCGACCUCCACCGGGCGCGAGCUGCACCGCUUCGCCGAGGACGUGUAUGCCGGCCUCGUGGCGCACGGCCAGCGGGUGCCGCCCAGUCUGAGGCAUGGCUUGGCGAAGACGUUUGCCUCCCAUCAGUUUUUCAAAACUACGUUGGAACCACGUGGAGAUGCAGCUUCGCAUCUCCGUGCAUGUGUGAUGGGUAGGCGCAAGGAUGUUGCAGACGAGGCCAUCGUCGAGCAGGUUCACUCCAUGUUCAGUUUUGCAGCCCAGGGCGACGAGAAGCUAGAGGUUGAAGAAAGUCCUACUAGUGCUAGUGCGACUAGUAAGGAUGAUACCAACCCUGGCGGCUGUGCAACAGCCAGGUACUCCGCGCCGGCAGUCCACAUCGAUGCGACCUCGAUCUCACUCUGCAGGUAGGUCGCGCUUCUAUGCCUGGACGCCCCAAGUCAGUCCUCGCAGACCAAAGAUCGUCCUGUCUCAGGUUGGACCUUCACAACUCGGACUACCUGGCACGAUGCCUUGUUUGGAUCAUACUGGAAUCGACUUUGUUUGCUCCUCAUGUGGAGUGAAUCUUGUCAAGCACCAGGAAAUACACCAACUCAAAGUGGGAACCAUAUGGUCAAGACGCGUUCCAGACACCGCAUUCGCAGAUGAAAGCAAAACCGUGGCCAACGAUUGCUCGACUACGCGUCCUUACAAGGUCGGUUGUGCGAGAUGCCAGGGCCGUGGUCACGAGAGGAAUCAUAUUGGAUCAGUUACCUUUGAGAGCUGCGUCGGGUUGCCGAGAGUCCCCGACAAGGUCUUCCCAAUGAUACUAUGCAGGCAUGUGGUAGAAUUCCGGAGCAAAGGAUGGCGCGCAAAGCAGUACAAACAUUCGGUGCCGACUGGAGACACAGCGCAGGUCAAGUGCGAUGCCAGGAGUGCCAACACAUUGGAAAAGCUCGACCCGCAUGCUCCCCCUGGCGAGGUGCGGCAAGCCCCAAACGUGGCCACACCGGAGGGGAAGAGGUCCGCAGAGGAGCUCCAGAAGCUGCUGUCAGAGGAGGUCGAGGAGCAUCAGAAGGAGCGCCAGGAGCGCCAGAAGCUGGAGAGAGCUCUCGAAGAACUCAGUCGGAGGACAGACGAAGAGAAGGAGCGCUGGCGACGUAAAGAGGUCAGCCUGGAGGUGAAGUGCGGGCUGCUGGAUGAUCUUAUCGCGGACAAGCAGGCCGAGCUGGAGCGGCUCCAGGAGCAGCGUGACACUGUGGCAGCCGUGCUGCAGGAGCAGCGGAGCAAGUUCGACCAGGAGAGGCGCAGCUUGCUGCAGGAGUUCGAGGCGAGCCGACGCGAACUUGAGGCCUGCACCCAGGAGGAGAAGCUCAAGCGCGAGCAGAUUGAGGGAGACUGCGAGCGUCGUAUCCAGGAGUUCUACAGGUGCAUUGACAGCGACAGGGAGAAGCUGCGCGCAGAGAAAGAAGACCUCCUCAAGCAGCUUAGGCUCGUCGAGCGUAAGAAGGCUGAACUCGAAAGGAAAGCCGAAGAAGGGCCGGAUGCUGAAGCAAACGCCCAUGUCGAGAAGCUGAGCGCCUGCUCUGUGUACUCCGCCGCCGAGCGUUCCCUCAAGUCGCUCAAGCUCGACAGUCGCCUGUUGAGUCGGCUUCACGACCGCUGCUACUGCCCCGAAUGCUAUCCUUCAGACUAUCCGGACGUCAUCAAGAACGACGGCCCGAGAGAGUACGUGGUACCCCGCGGAUGGGUGCGCUUCGGGUUGCAAGUUCCAGCGCAGGCGCAUGUCAACGACGUUUGGCAGAGGUGGUGUGUGAGUUAUCACGGACUGAGUGCUAAGGUAGCGCCAAUCGUGGUCCGUCAGGGGGACCUUCUGUUUCCAGGGGAUACACUCCCUGAUGGGACCACUCUAGACAGCGUCAAUUGUGCUGGGAGACGGGACAAGUGUACCUACACGUCGCCGACGAUUAGGUAUUCUGGGUUAGCUUUCUACGCGAACCCAGCACGCACCACUGAGGGCAGAAUGUUUCAGGUUGUUUUGCAGUGCAGGCAAGAGCCUGGCACAUUCGAUGUCCAGGCAGAGACAAUGAAUUUCAAGACGCGCUGGAACAACACAGACUUGUGUCCGCACGUGAAGUGGACAGAGAUCGAGUGGGUGAGUAAGCGCCGCAAGACCAUUGUGCCCUAUGGCCUGCUGAUUCGGACUUUCCCAUCCGACAGUCCGCCAGAACAGUAUUAUAGGAGCCCCGUGGAUAAGGGCCGCUUCUGAUCGGUCGAAUUCGUGUUUUGUUUCAGUGUGCGAGAGUAGAGCUUCCUUCAAUGUGACCUCAAACGAGGCCACAUUUGAAGCGCUCGCUUUCAUGGGAAUUCAGUGUCCUACACCCCCCGGGUGAAUGACAGCUUUGUCGUUAUCUUUUCGAUGGGAAGGGAAUGUCGAGGGGACAUGGUGUGCAGUCCCGUUGGAAUCGGCCGUGAGCUAGGGUAGCCUUUUAGUACUUGGUACGUUGCCCUUCAGCGUGCAAUAAGCUGUACAUGAUGCGCUCGGUAGCAAAUCAUGGGGGCCUUGUGUAUCCUCGUAAUUCCGUCUUUAGAGUGCACUACGUCGAUUCGCAAGAGCCACCAAAAUGGUAUGGGAGGCGUCCAUGAGAUGCCACAGAAGAUGCGUGUGGUUAUGAUAUGCAGCUGUUCUGCGUUGCCAUCUCUGCCCGCUUUCUCGUACGGCCCGCAGUUUUUUGAUCCGAACAGCCGGGCGGAGACGCAUCAUCAUCACC